AUGCUUUGGUUUUAUAUUUUACUCCCAGUAGUAGCCGCAACGAGCGUGCCAUACGAGGAAUACAUUUUAGCUCCGAGUUCACGAGAUUUGACUGCAUUAUCAGUCUACCAAGUCAAUGGGUCUGUGACAAAUGCAAAGUCCCUCACUCAGUCUUCAGGUGGAACUGCCAGCUUCAAUGGCGCUUCUUCUGUGACCUUAGAUUUUGGUAAGAACGUUGCAGGUCUUGUAUCGCUAGAUGUUAGCUCCUCUUCGUCGUCGUCGGCAUUCUUAUCCGUCACCUUCUCCGAGUCAAGCCUUUGGAUUAGCAGCGAAUAUAGCGAUGCAACGGGUAACUCCGGCUAUGAUGCCCCUUUGUGGUUUAAUGUGGGUAAAGGGGCGGGAACAUACACCCCAGAGACCAAAUUCCAGCGAGGCGCCUUCCGGUAUCUGACAGUUGCGAGCAACACAAGUGCUACUGUGGUGCUCGACGCUCUCCACGUCAACCUCACAUCCGCACCAAAUCAGAACCUCCGAGAGUAUACGGGCUGGUUCCACUCCGACGAUGAGCUGAUUAAUAAGCUCUGGUAUGCCGGUGCAUAUACGAACCAGCUGUGUACUAUUGACCCGACGGCGGGGGACGCUAUCACAUCGCAGACUUAUGAUAUAGUUCUGCCGGAGAUGAAUUUUUGGUAUAACAACUAUACCAUUACCAAUGGUACCAGCACCAUUACCGAUGGAGCGAAGCGCGAUCGACUGGUUUGGCCAGGAGAUAUGGCCAUCUCACUUGAAAGUAUUGCUGUCAGCACGGGUGAUCUAUACAGUGUCCAAAUGGGGUUGGAGUCGUUGUUCGCAUUACAGAAGGCUGAUGGUCAACUCCCUUAUGCUGGUACUCCCUUUGAUGAGAUUGGUAUCGUGAGCUACACCUAUCACCUGCAUAAUCUCAUCGGAAUGUCUUUCUUGUAUCGGUUCUCGGGAGACACGGCGUGGGCACUGAGCUACUGGGAUCAAUAUGUUCUGGGAAUAGAGUGGGCACUAGACGCAGUUGACACCACCGGCCUAGCCAACAUAACCUGGUCUGCCGACUGGCUGCGCUUUGGAAUGGGAGGACAUAAUAUUGAGGCCAACUCAAUCCUUUACUUCGUGCUGAACGAUGCUCAAGAUCUUGCAAAAGAGCUGAACAAAACAUCGGUUAUCUCCCACUGGGAAAGCACCGCAGCCAACAUCAAAGAAGCCGCCAACAAGCUUCUCUGGGACUUCUCAGCAGGAAUGUAUCGAGACAACGAAACAACCACCCUCCAUCCCCAAGACGGAAAUACCUGGGCCAUCAAAGCCAACCUCACUCAAUCAACUGCGCAACGCAAAACAAUCUCGGCCGCUCUUCAAGCCCGUUGGGGCCCCUACGGUGCUCCAGCCCCCGAAGCCGGCGCAACAAUCUCCCCAUUCAUCGGCGGCUUUGAGCUCCAAGCACACUAUAUUGCCAGGCAACCCAACUCAGCACUCGACCUCCUCCGUCUACAAUGGGGCUACAUGCUUCUUGACUCCAAGAUGACCCAGUCCACUUUUAUCGAGGGCUACUCCACCGAUGGGUCCAUCCAUUACGCGCCUUACCAAGACGAUGCGCGUAUUUCACAUGCUCAUGGCUGGUCUACUGGCCCAACGUAUGCACUCACAGCCUACGCAGCCGGGAUCCAGCUUGCUGGGCCCGCGGGUAAAUCCUGGGUCAUAGCGCCUCAGCCUGGUAAUCUGACCACCAUUGAUGCGGGGUUAUCUACCGCUCGUGGAGUCUUCUCCGUCGCUCUCCGACGUUCCGGUGAUGGGUAUAGUCACUUUUCAUUCAGUACUCCGUCUUCUACUAGUGGGAUCGUUCAACUUCCGGGUGUCAAAGGAACAUUGAUUUCCAAGACUGGGCAGCGAGUGAGGCUUGUGGAUGGUACUGCAAGUGUUUCGGGUGGAAACUGGAAAUUGCAAAGCUCGUGA